AUGUGCCCUGUGUGCCGAGGAAGCGGCUCGCGUGUGAUAGUGCGGCAGAUGGGUAUGAUGGUGCAGCAGAUGCAAAUGGUGUGCGACGCGUGCCAGGGCUCCGGCGAGCACAUCGACCCGCGCAAUCGCUGUAGUCGCUGCUCGGGCAACAAGACGGUCGAGGUGGAUGCCGCGGUGCAGGUAAUCGUGGAGAGGGGCAUGGCGCACCGCCAGCGAAUCACGUUUCCGCGGAUGGCUGACGAAGAGGUUGGUGUGGAGCGCACCGGUGACUUUGUGGUGGCGCUGCAGCAGGUAAAGCACGACAUCUUCACCCGCGACGACUGUGACCUGCACAUGCGGCACCACCUCUCCCUCGCGGAGGCGCUCUGCGGCUUUCAAUUCAAGUUCACCCACCUCGACGGCCGGGAGCUGGUGGUGCGGCAGGCACGUGGAACUAUAACAAAGCCGGGCGAUGUCAAGUGCGUCAUCGGUGAGGGUAUGCCGGUGCACAGGCAGCCCAGCAAGUUCGGUAACCUGGUCAUUGAGUUCGAAGUCACCUACCCAGAUCGCAUCGAGUCGGCGCAGCUGCAGCUGCUCCGCGAAGCGCUGCCGCCGCCAAAGAGUGUGCGCGCGACUGCGGACGAGGAGACCGGCGAGGUGUGCUACGUCACUCGAGAGGACCUAUCCAUCUUAGAGGAGGAGAUAAAGAAGGAUGAAGAGGCGGAGGAGGAUAAUGAGAGCCCACAGCACGGCUGUGCGGCGCAGUAA